AUGGGUAGGGGCAAGAUGGACGACGCCGCAGCGGAGAGGAUUCGUAGGGCUAGGGGUGAGAAGGACGAUUUUGCCAGGCGGGCUGCAAUGGCUGCUCGGCAGAAUAAAGGAAGCAGUGGCGGCGGCGGAGGCGGCGGCGGUGGCAGCAGUAGCAGCAGCAACAGCGGCCAGAAAGGCAGUGGAAACAACGGAGGCAGUGGCGGAAAGCAGGGAGGAGGAUCCAAGUAG